ACGAUCAGUAUGGUUAUUAGCAAUUUUUUUACUAAUUUCUAUUGUCUUACUUGCGUAUUUCGUAUGCUUUAAUGUAGUACAACCACGUCAUCUUUCACAUAAUUUACAAUAGGAAAAGUAUAAAGGAUUAAGUCAUAGGAAAAAAGUAAAAAAGCUUGCUAAAUACUUAAAAAAUUGUGUAACAAGGAAAUAUUACUGAAUAAAUUUUGUAAUGGACUAAUGAACCAAAAAGUCUAUAGAACUGUAUAAUUUGUAUUAUAAUAAGUACUUGUUUUAUCAUUUUGUAUUUUUUGUACCAAUUUAUAAUUUAAAGAAAAUAGUGUUAUUGAUUCUGAACCACGAUAAUAUAAACAUGAUGAACAAUGUACCAACAGGUGAAGAUGCUUCUCUUCAUAGAAGUGAAUCUCUAUCACAAAUCCAUGAUAAUGUGACGGAUGAAUUUCAAAAACUUCCGGUGGAAGAACAAGAGCGACAAAAGGUUGAAUGGAGCGCUGAACUCGCUAGGAUUGAAGAUGAAAUUCAGACAUUAAAAGAGGUCUUAACUAGUAAAAUGCGAAUGGCCCAGGAGCUAAAACGGAAACUAGGCAUCAGUAUGUGGAAAGAAUUAACUGAAGAUGUCAAUCAAAGUUUUAAAAAUGUUAAGGAGAGUCAAGUUUAUCAGAAUGUUGGGGAGAAACUUGGUCGGUUCACCAGAACGGUCUCCGAGAACAGUUUAUUUCAAAAAACCGAGUUUGUCUUCAAAUCUACUGCUGAAAAAACGACUAGUAUCCUAGGUGGUUUUGGAAGUGGAUUUUCGACAAAGAUCGGUCAAAUGAGAAAUUCCGAUAGCUUCAAAUCUCUCGAGGAAAAAGUCGGAUGUGCUUACGAAAAUGUAAAGGGUAGAGUUACACCAUCUCGCAGCAAUUCAUCUCAAAGCUUCGACGAAGCUUUACGAGAAGUUGAAAUUUCUAGACGAACUUCCACUACUUUAUCUGCUACUAGCCCGACCAUCCCUGAAGAAAAAAUGAUCUCAUAGAAGGUGUAAUAGGUAAUUACCGAUGCCUCAGACAUACUCUAUUCAAGCCAAUUACGUAAUAUACAAGCAUUUUUGAAAUCCGGAUCAAUGGAAAAAGCUAGCAAUUCAAAAAAAACGGAAUUAAUUAACUAAACUAAUUAAACCUUCGAUCGUGGACUAAUGUUUACGCAUAAGCAAGAUAAUACUAUAGUACUGUCUAUCCAUAUAAGCUACAUUCAAACGAAAAUUAAACGUCUUGUACCCAGAA